AUGAGACUUGCGUCGACCGCCUUGACUGUCCUCCUCGCGCUCUUGCUCUUGCAGUGCUCGCACCUCGCCACCGCCACCACAUCCCACGACGACUCCUCGUAUCCUCCUUUCACACCCGAAUCGGACCAGGACCGUCUCUCAGCGCAGUUGGCGUUCAGCAUGCAGACCUCCGACGCCAAUUCGCUCGCGGCAAACUCGUACAUUGUCGAGAUUGAGACACCCACCGUCGCUGGAUCAUCCGGUUCGGUCGAGAAGGUAGGCGCUGCACUGCACAUGCACUGACCCCUGAUACGCUGACCCCUGAGAGGCCGACCGAGCUGACCCCCUUCCUCUCCCGUUCAAGGCCAUCUCGGACGCGGUCGACAAGCUGAUCGAGAACGUCAAACAAGCGCACCCUGAAGCCGAGGUCAAGCACGUCUACAAGAGCGAUCUCUUCACCGGUGCGAGUUUCAGGGUCGGCGACGAGACCACAAAGUCGCAUUUGCAGAGGAUCCAGGAUGUCAAGGUGAGUACUAGGAGCGCUGUCUGAAGCGAGGGACUGAUCUUGGAUCUGUGCGAAUGUAGAACGUCUCACCCGUGCGAUUGAUGCAUCAUCAAGGCGGCGCAAGCGCAGGAGCGAAAACGACGACUUUUUGA